CCGUUCCAUCCUUGUAUUCAUCGAUAAACGUUUUCAAGUGUUGGUUGGUUGUGUGAGUGGAACGUAAGCGUGCGCGUGAAUAGCCGAGUGACGCAUCCGGAUUUAAACCCGUUAUCGUAGAUCAAUAAUAAAUAGUUUAUCAUAAUGAGUAGUGAGGCGCAAAGAUUGAUCGGAAUUUCUUUGACGAAAAUUGCACAAUCUCGUGCACACCGUGGGGGCGUGAGCCUACACAAAAAUCUCCUCGUUGCCACGGUAUUACAGAAAGCGCGCUAUAUAUUUAUGGAAGAAGCGUACAAUAUGGUGCGGCAUCGGACCCAAGAACCUCCCGUUCAAGAUAGUGUAGAGGAGGAUUUGGAAGUGGGUUUAACCGCUGAAGAAGCUGGCCUAAUAUCGAAGAAUAAUGUGGAAGAGGCCACCGCAACCGAUAACCAGCAGUGCUUUCAACCCUCUUGUUCUAAGUGUUUAGAAAAUCAACAGCAGCAAGAUAAAGAAAAUCACCCUCCAAGCUCCGCUACUUAUGUAGACUUAGAUAAGCCCUCGAAUUCGUUCCGUGAGAGAUUAAGUUCUACCUCCUCACUAAAGAGGAGGCGGUCGGUUAGUGAAUGGGAAACCGAAGAGGCCGUCAAGUCGAUCCUCCCGAAGAAAACCAGAUUGAGCGAGGAUAGUAGUGAUGGUAGUAGUGACAGUAGCAGUAGCGGUUCAGAUAGUGACAGUGGUGAUGACUCAGUGUUCUUAGAUGACGCAACCUUGUUAUCAAACAUUGUAAGCAAGCAAAUCGAACAAGAAAAAAGUAACCAGGAGGCGCCCCCCGGAGGGAUGGAAAUCGACCGCAUUACGUCCUUAGUGUCGAUAUUCAGUUUUAGCGUGGGCAGCGGUAAUAACGGUAAUAGUGAUGGAACGACGACGAGCAAACAACUCAACAGGUCCGUGUCUACACCUGACCUCUGUUCGGCCCAAGCAAAAGACGCGCCAACCAGCUUGCAGCAGCGGCCAUUUCUUACCAUGAUGGUAUAGCGAUUUAAUGAUAAUAUUAUUUAGGCAUGUUUUUACAAUCUUUUUUCCUAAAGAAUUAAUAUUAUUGACGCUUCAUAAGUUAAAACAUAUUUAUUUCAAAAUGUAUAAGAACGUUUAAAUGCGUUUGAAUUUUCUGAAAGGUUAUCAUAGUUGACGCAAACGCACUGAUACGUUCGGAGUUCGGACUGAUAAAUUAUCGUUGAUAUGGGGAUUUCAAAAUACAUUUAAAAUAUUAAUACGUCAAUACUAUUAAUAAUUUAAGAAUAAAGUGACCAUCUAUUGACAGACACAAACUGUGAUUAGGUCAAUUUUUAAUGUUUAAAGCUAUAAGUGGUGCGAGUUGUGUAGCAGACCUAUCAUUUUAAAAUAAGUGCCGUUUCCUACAAAGAUCUCAGCCUAAACAACGACCCUGUUUUAUUCAUAUGUAAAUGUGAUUUUACCGGACACAUUGGGGGCUACCUACCUGUUGGUAAAAGGUAAAAGGGUCGACAAUGCAUCUGCCGCACACCCCAGUUACAAAAUACAAGGCUGCUUUGUUAAUUUGCAUAACAAAAUUGCGACAUUUUUAAUUUGUUUGUUGACCCACAGCCUUGUAAUAAAUUGUGAACGUAAAUUUCCCGCCUAUAUUAUUGGCAUAGUCAGGCAUGAAUCACGCAUCAAAUGCGUGCGUCAACCAGAUAAGCAGUUGCGUUCGUCAUUGCUGGGAAAGUAAUUCAAACAUUCCACAUCUUAACCUAUAACAGUAGGGUAGCCUUUGAUUUUCUGGAUUUUUUUUAAUUUUUAAAAAACUUUUUUGAAUGUUAUUGUUUGCAUGGUAAAAAAUUACUUAAAAAAUUGAAUGUUUUAUGUUGUUUUUAUUGCUGUACUGACUGUAUAUUUUUUUUGUAUAUAAGUAUACAUAUUUUAUCAUGAUUAUUGUAAAAUAAGCAUUAUGGUUCUGUUUUAAGAACUUAAUAUAUAUGUUAUUCCUGAAUUGUAUAUUGAAAAAAUACAUAUUUUUAUAUAAGA